AUGUUCCAAGCUAAGUCUAGGACUAAUGAUCAGAGUUCGCUGAAGGCGGACAGCAAUGUUCAAGGUAAGUCCAAAGAGAGCGGGAACCUGCAUCAAAAGAUGAAAAAUGCUUAUACAACGGGUUCUGAACAACACAGGCCUGAUGAGAAUAGAGGAAAAGAUGAUCGAUUAGCCAAUCGUACUGCUCUCAAAGGCGUCCAUUAUGCGAAUGUCCCUCCUAAGGGCGUCAUUGUUGCGAAAAGUAACGAGUCGAGGCUACCUGCUCCAAACAAAGAAGGUACUCUGGGCUCAGUGCCUCUUGAGAAAGUGCAUCCAGAAGAGCUCAAACAAAGUAAGUCGAGGGACUCUAAUAAAUACGACACCUCUAUUCCAGGUCCUGGUCUCUUGGACCCAUUAAGUAAGGCCGAUCAGGAGAAACUCGACCACGCCAUCAAUUCUGAUUCCAUAGAUACCUUGUUUCCAUGGAGAAAUGUCGGUAAGUUUCAUGCUUCUGGGAAAGGUACUCCACAGGGUGUGGAUUCUAAAGUUAUAAAGGCCUACAUUAUGGAAACAUUCUAUAACGAUUGGUACUAUAACAUUGCCAUCGUUCUGGGCACAUGUUUUUUUUCAUGGUUAUUUGCCUAUAUGGGCUUUUCCUGGUGGUCAUUAGGGUUUAUAUUCUUAGCUACGUCAUCGGUUUAUAGUACCGAAUAUCGCCGUUUCAAUAGGAAUAUCAGGGACGAUUUGAAGAGAAUCACUGUAGAAGAAACUUUAUCGGGUCGUUUAGAAACUACGCAAUGGCUGAAUUCGUUCUUAUCCAAAUUUUGGGUCAUUUACAUGCCUGUUCUAUCCCAACAAGUUAAAGAUAUUGCCAACCCAAUUCUUGCCGGCGUAGCACCAGGUUAUGGUAUUGACGCAUUAUCAUUAGAUGAGUUUACUUUAGGUACAAAAGCUCCAUCUAUCAGAGGCAUCAAAUCUUACACAAAAACUGGUAAAGACACCGUAGAAAUGGAUUGGUCGUUUGCUUUCACUCCAAAUGACGUUUCUGACAUGACUCCAACAGAAGCGGCCCAAAAAAUUAAUCCAAAAGUGGCGCUAGGUGUUACUCUGGGUAAAAGUUUUGUCUCUAAGAAACUCCCAGUAUUAGUGGAAGAUAUGAAUGUAGCUGGUAUAAUGCGCAUUACAUUGAAAUUUGGUAAAAUUUUCCCUAAUAUUAAGAUAGUUCAAAUUCAAUUAUUAGAACCACCCUUAUUGGAAUUUGCCCUGAAACCAAUCGGUGGUGACACUUUGGGUUUGGAUGUCAUGUCCUUCCUACCGGGUUUGAAGAGUUUUGUCAAAACUAUGGUUGAUUCUGUUGCAGGUCCAAUGCUAUAUGCUCCAAACCAUUUCGAUGUAGACGUUGAGGAGAUUAUGGCAGCUCAAUCCAAUGAUGCCAUAGGUGUCUUAGUCGUCACUGUCACUUCUGCAAAAGGCCUAAAAGACUCUAAUUUCAUCACAAAUACAGUGGAUCCAUACGUUGUUUUAAAACCUGAAAAACCUCUUCCUGGUGAUGAAAAUGAAAUUCGUACUGCUAUUAAAUCUAACAUUAAAGACCCUACAUGGAACGAAACAAAGUACAUUCUUUUACCUACUUUAGACCAAAAGUUACAAAUGUCAUGUUAUGAUUUUAACGAUGUAAGAAAAGAUACUUUGAUAGGUACUCAUGAGUUUGAUCUCAGAGCUCUAUAUCAAAAUCCUGCUAUUGAAAAUUCUUCUUCUGAGUUGGUUGUUGGCUCCAAGUCUAAGGGUCUAUUGAACUAUUCUCUACAUUGGUUCUCUGUUAUCGAAAAGCCAUCUUCCACUGAAGAAAUGGAACAAGAAGAGGAAGAAGAGGAAGAAGCCGUUUCUGCUACUGCUGGUAUUGCCAAAUUGACUAUACAAAAGGUAAAAUAUUUGGAUGUCUCCUCUUCUUUGACAGGUAAUUUGAGUCCAUGUGGUGAAUUAUACAUUGAUGGUAAGCUGGUAAAGACCUUGAGAACCUUGAGACGUAUCAAUGAGCCAUCCUGGGGUGAAACUAUAGAAACACUUAUUAAAUCAAAAUCGAAUUCGAAGCUGACUUUAAAGAUCUUUGAUGACCGUAUAAACGGUAAAUAUUUGCUUACUGAAUAUUCUUCAAAUAUAGAAGAUUUAAUGGGUGCAGCUGACUUAGGCCAAGAAUAUGUAAAAGGUUCAUCAGGCGGUGAGAUUUAUUUCACUGCUCAAUGGAAACCAGUUGAAUUGACUGGCGCAUUUGCAGCAAAAGGCAGUGCUAACGAUCCUCUCGGAUGUAUCAAACUUCAUGUUAAAGAUGCACUAGUCAAAUCUUCAUUAUCUGGUUUCGGUGACAUAGACCCUUAUUUUGAAGUUUCUUUGAAUAGACAUGUGAGAUAUAAGUCAAGACAUUUUUCGGAAAAUAAGAACCCUAUAUUCGAUGAGCUUGUUUAUAUUCCUAUUACUAGCGAAAAUCAACUCUUUUCAGUGGCUUUAUAUGAUUAUCAAUCGGUAGGCUCUGAUAGAUUUAUAGGCCAAUACCAGGUACCUGUUUCGCAACUUAUUGAGAAGGACCAAAAAUCUGGACAAUACAGAUGUAAAGAGGAAUUCGAUAAUACAAUGCGUAGAAUGAAUUUAAGAGACGAAGGUAACAGAGGUACCAGUGAUACUAUGAAUUUAGCUGUUUCAUUUAUUCCAACAAUAAAGGUGUAUUCGGCAGAGGAAUUAUCUGCUGUUGAAGCUCAAGAGAAAGACUUACAGGAGAAAAGAGAUCAAUUUGAGAAAAAACAGGCUGACUUGAGACAAAAGAUGCAUGACAAUCCAAGUGAUUGGGAAGUUGCCGAAGUCAAUGAUCCAUUUGAAGAAGAAGAAAAAGAAUUGCACUCUAAAACAAAGAUGUCACUCGAUGAGUUGGUUUCGUACAACUCCGGUAUCCUAACUUUACAGGUUUUGAAUGGUCACCUCUCAAGGACGUCAACAUAUUUACAUAUCCUGGUCGAUAACAUACCGUAUCCUGAAUUUACUUCUUCCAAAUACAAAGGUGGUAAACUCGCAGGCGAAUCAUCAGGCAUUUUCAUCCGUGACUUAAAGCAUAGUAUGCUAUUAUUCAGAGUCUCAAAGGAGCGUUUCCCUAAGGAGGAGAACGACGUUAUUUCCGAGCAUUUUAUCAGUACUUUAGGUCUAUUGCAAAAGGGCUACGACAAACCAACAGAGGUGGACUUCCAGGGAUCUAAGGUUUUGGUUCAAUUUCUUUAUAAUCCAUCUCCUGUGAGACUUUCUGCUGCUGAAACUGUUCAAGAUACCGGUAUAUUGAGUUUGAAUAUACAAUCAGCGAGGGGAUUAUUAUCUGCUGACAGGAAUGGUAAAUCUGAUCCGUUUGUUACUGUCUAUGUCAAUGGUAAGAAAGAACAUAAAACAAAAACUAUUAAGAAGACCUUGGACCCUGUAUGGAAUGAAAAGGCUAAGUUAAAGAUUCCUUCAAAAACAAGAUCGGCAAUCACGUUGAAUGUAUUUGAUUGGGAUCGUGCAGGUGAAAAUGAUUUCUUAGGUAAGGUUGCAUUGGAUAUCAUUCAAAUGAAACCAAGUACAACAUAUGAUUGGGAGAUACCAUUGGAUACUCAAGGAACAAUCAAAGUACAAGCUACAUUUGAACCACAAUAUCUUAGACCCACUAUUGAGCUUCAAGAAAAGAGUUUAUCAGAUGCACCUUUGAGAGCUCUUGGUAACGUCUCCGGUGCUGGUAUGAAUGCCGCAUCUUCUGUUGCUGGUAUAGCAGGUGCAGGUGUAGGUGUUGCCUCUGGUGGUUUAAAGAAAGGCGGUAACUUGCUGAAAAGCCUGGGCGGUGGUUCCAAAUCGAAGCAGAAUGUCAUCAGUAAUUCUAGAAGUUCUGGCGAAAAUAGCAGGAGAUUACCUUUAUCAUCUAGUAAGCGUAAAGGCAGAACGUCUGCUGAUUAUGAUGCAUCUAUCCCAGAUAAUAGUUAUGCCCAGGUUAAUCAAAAUGGAGUAGCCCAACGUAGUUCAAUUGACAACCAACCACAAGUUGACGAUGGCGGUUACAGUAUUGCCGGUGUACAAGAAAUUGUGAAUAAACGCUCCAGGGCCAGUAGUUUUGCUCGCACUCUGUCACCAAAUAGUACUUAUGAAGGUACAUUAACGAUUAUUGCUGCCGAACAUAUUGCUAAGAAUGUUCAAUUUAAAGUAUCAUUAGCACAGAACGGUAAGAUUAAGAGCGUAUACAAAACCGCAAACCAUAGGGCACAAGAAAAUGGCAUAGUGACAGUUAACGAAACAUGUGCAUUUAAGGCGUCACCGGAGGCUAACCUGGUCAUUGGCGCCAUAUCCCGUCAUACGUUAGGUAAGGACAGAGACGUUGGUAUCGCGCAGAUUCUGUUGAACGAUCCACAAAUCCAUGUAGAAGAAAAUAUGGCUGUCAAACUAGCGGAGGGACGCAUCAUUGUCAAGGUCAACUAUGGGCACACUGGAAAUGAGAUCCCCCCAGUACCUGAGAUUCCGAAAGAAUACGCUCAGUAA